AUGCCCUUACCCGGGGACCAAACCAAUUCCACAAUUGCCUAUUUUAUCCUCAUGCCAAUUGUGUUUCUACCCAUACUCUACGUCGGCUGGGUGGCACUUGUCAUUACACGAGGAGGUCUGCUCCCCCAAAGUGGCCGCACACGAGAAAUUGCCCUCUUCUUUUUCCGCAUCUUUUUGGUCCUGGUGAUCAUGUGGCUUCCCACCUUGAUUAGUCUCAUGGUGGGAAUAGCAAGUCACUGGGUAUUCUACUUUGUGGGGAUUUGGGCACAUUUGACUGGAAGUGUGACUUCCAUCUUUAGUCUCUGCAAGUCGGACAUUCGACAGGCCACCAUGGCCCUGCUCUGUUGCCAAGUCCGACAAGUCAAUGGCGAGUUUGACAAUUCCAUGAAUGGAACUUCGAGGCGACAAAGAAUCAGCCAAGACCACAAUGUUUUACACAAUAACCGAUGUAGCUCCGGCUCGACAAGCAAGAGGUGGUCUUCUCUAUGGCUUCGAUUCUCUCGGAAGGCAACAUUACCAGAAGAAGAACCGACAAUUGACAAUGGCGAGGGAGUGGGAACUCUGGAAGAUGGGGCCAUGGAAACGAAAAUCUGCAAUGGGAAUGAUGCCGAUGGUGAAGACGGUAAUGCUACAAAGUCAGAGCGGGUAGGCAGCGGGUGA